CUUGAAAUCGAUCAUCUGUCAAUUAUAUUUUCUUCACGAUGACAGCGGCUUUGAAAAAAACCAAAAAGCCUCUAAUAAAAUGGACUCGAACACAGCAGAACAGAAGACCAGAUUAUAUCAAGUCGUCAGUCUUCACAGAACGAGGUGAAAUAGGCUUCACGCCUUCUUAUGAUCAUGGUCGUCCCAACUUGGGUUGUUUACUUAACUAUGAAUAUCGGAGGAUGUGGUUUGCUGAAAGAGACCAAUAUCAGAAAGACACCUACACCAAACAAGAUAAAAAGUCCGAUUCUUUUGUUAAACGUCGUUAUGUCCAACGGUACACGAGACAUACAGAAAAGAAGAAGAUACUUCCAAUUAUGAGGAUGAAACAGUUUGAGGAUGUGCCUGCUCAAGAGUCUACCGCUAGAGAAGGAGUCAAAUUGAAGGGUGCCACCAAAGCUUUUACUUACGUCCAACAAGCCGAAGAAGAGAAAGCUCAACAGUUUUUGAAGUAUAAACCGGAUUGUAGCCGUUCCAAGAAAAAGACUACGCAAAACGAAGAGUGAAAUUUAUUGACCGAUAUGAGCAUCAAACAUUAUAUGUACUUUGUGAUAUUUUCACAUUAUUUUGACAGAAAUAAAAUCAUCUUAUCGUA